UAAGAUAAGCAUUUCAGCGUGUCAUACGUAUACACGUCAUCUCAUCUGUAUCUGCAAAUUAUUGUGAAUUGUAUAAAUUGCAAGUCAUGAGAACAUGUAAACAGCGGAGCGGUUUAGAUUGGUAGAUAUAUCAAAUAUAAAUGAAUAUAUGUCGGUGAAGUUGUAUUCUGUGUUGUCUGUCAUCGCCAACGGUACACUAGGCAGGUUAUCCUGUAUUGAACGGUUUUGCCACUACAGUCGACACUAUUCCUGUUCCCAAAAGCCCAAAAUGGUUCAGAAACAUUAUGUAGAAGGGUACGACGCUUUCCUGGAAUUUUUCAAAACCUUUGAUAGCCAGGGUCAGAAAGUUCAUGUACUGUUUUCCAGUGCUCCAGGACCUGAUGGGGACACAUGGUGUACUUAUUGCAAAAGAGCAUGGCCUGUUAUUGAUGAAGAUUUAGAAAAGGCAGAUCCACAGUCACAUUUUGUAAAGGUAGCAGUGGGAGACAAGCCAACGUGGAAAGACCCGGAAUGUGGAUUCAGGAAGGAUCCCAAAACAAAAAUCAGAGUUUUACCAACAAUUGUCAGGUGGGGAAGUCCACAGAGAUUGGAAGGAGAACAGUGUGAUAAAGCAGAUCUGGUCAAUAUGCUUUUGACCGAUGAAGAUGACUAGAUAAUUGACCAGUCCUUGAAAUCAUUCUGAAAUUAUUUGUAAAUCUUAGAAAUCCAUGUUUUGAUUGAAAAUAAAUAUUUGAAAAAUACUUUUCUGAUAUUUGUACAUAUUCUGUUCAUAUAGA